UAAUCGACCUUGUCAUUUAAACUCAUCUCGUCUGUCCUUUCUGUGUAUCGUGGCUUCUCAUUGGCCGUCUGUGGGUCGCUCUCCACAGUGCUGAAAUCGCAACUCGUCGUGAUCAAGUAAACGGCGAUGAGGCAAUACGGAGCGUCGGAAAAUAAACACCAAAAUGGACGAUGAUCUAUUCCAGCUGAGACAGCUACCUGUCGUCCGCUUCCGUCACACGGGGGAGAGCGCACGCUCAGAGGAUGAUGGCGAAAGUCAAGAGCCAUUUGCAGCGGUGCGGGCGGCACAGCCGAAAGAGAUGGAGUCUGUAGCCCUCGCAGAUGGAGCUCCGGUCCCUCGGGAGUUUGCCAACCCAACUGAUGACACAUUCAUGGUCGAGGAUGCUGUUGAAGCCAUCGGCUUUGGGACCUUCCAGUGGAAGCUCUCCAUCCUCACUGGUCUGUCCUGGAUGGCAGACGCAAUGGAGAUGAUGAUUCUAAGCAUCUUAGCUCCACAGCUUCACUGUGAAUGGAGACUACCAAGUCUGGAGGUGGCACUUCUCACAUCGGCGGUGUUUAUUGGGAUGAUGAUCAGCUCCUCGCUUUGGGGAAACAUAUCUGACAAGUACGGACGAAAGACAGGUCUGACGAUGAGUGUGUUGUGGACGAUGUUCUAUGGUCUGAUGAGUGCUUUUGCACCGAUCUAUGCUUGGAUCCUCUUCCUCCGCGCUCUGGUGGGCUUUGGCAUCGGUGGAGCGCCGCAGUCGGUUACAUUGUAUGCUGAAUUCCUUCCCAUGAAGUCCAGAGCAACUUGUAUAUUGCUAAUUGAGAUAUUCUGGGCACUGGGCACAGUGUUUGAGGUCCUUCUUGCUAUUCUAGUGAUGCCUUCUCUGGGCUGGCGUUGGCUCCUCGGCCUCUCUACCAUCCCCCUUUUCAUAUUUGCCAUCCUAUGUUUUUGGCUACCUGAGAGUGCACGAUACGAUGUGUUGACGGGAAAUCAAGAAAAAGCUCUGGCGACGUUGAAGCGGAUUGCCAUGGAGAAUGGUGUACCCAUGCCGCUGGGAAAACUUAUUGCAGCUAAACAAGAGGAUCGUGGGAAGAUUCGUGACUUGUUCUCGUCGCACUUCCGCUGGACAACAGUUCUUUUGUGGUUUAUUUGGUUUGCAAAUGCCUUCUCAUAUUACGGCCUUGUGUUGCUCACCACAGAGCUCUUUCAGGAGGGAGGUGCAUGUGGAAUGUCCAGUGGUAAUAAGAUGGAACUCAGAUGCAGCUUGGAGUGUAAAUAUUUGAACAGUGAUGACUACAAAGACCUGUUGUGGACAACAUUAGCGGAAUUCCCAGGGUUGUUGGUGACUUUGUGGGCGAUCGAUCGCUUAGGUAGAAGGAAGACCAUGGCCUUGUGUUUCCUUGUCUUCUCUCUGUGCAUCAUUCCACUCUAUGGUUGUGUGGGGAGAGCAUCCAUGACAGUGCUGAUAUUCAUUGCCAGAGCUUUCAUCGCAGGAGGAUUCCAGGCUGCCUAUGUGUAUACACCAGAGGUUAACUCCAGUCUUCACAUUGACAGUGCCAUGAAUAGGAUUCGUCCAAUGUCAACAAAACCAAUACGGCUGUCAAAGACAGAGAAAAGUAGUAGGACAUUCACCGUGUUUUCUGAUGUUCUACAGGUCUAUCCAACUGCAACCAGAGCUUUAGGCUUGGGAACAAGCAGUGGAAUGGCGAGAGUUGGUGCACUCAUCACACCUUUUGUUGCACAGGUGUUGUUGGAGUCGUCUGUGUAUUUGGCUCUCUCGGUUUACUGCUGUUGCUGCCUGCUUGCCGCUGUCGCGUCUUGCGCACUGCCAAUUGAGACAACGGGACGAGGCCUGCAGGAAUCCAGCCAGCGUCAGUGGGGCCAGGAGAUGACGGGCCGAGCCUCUUCCUCACAAAACACGGGGCCAAUCUCUCAUUCCAGCUCCGGCUCCCAGGGCUGAGCAAUGUUUGAGAUUAUUACAGUGAAUCGUGAAAGGACAAAAAAAAGCAGAAGUAGCUUUCCGCAAGUCCCAUCUACAGACUACGCGCAAAAGCGACUUCAGAGAGGAAGGCCCUCACAAAAUGUCAUGUCACUGCACAAAAGAGACUUCAUCCACCAUUGCCAUCCCUUUUGCCACUGUAAAGGUACAACAGAAUGGCUGGAAUGCAUGGCAUUCUGGUCUGGCCGAAGAAAGGGUGAAGGCAAGUGGGGUCUGUGAGUCUCAGAAAUGGAGGAAAAAAAGGUCUGAAACCUGCUUUCCGAUGGGCAGAUGAAAAGAGGGGGAACAAGCAAUGGUCUAAGUCCCAAACAGGGGUGCCGCGAGGAGAACGUGAGCACAUUUCCAAGCGACACGUGGAAACAUUUAACAAUUUCCUCAAUCAUCUGGCACAGCUGUGCCUAAAGCACACUGCCUGUGUGCCAACUCUAGUGUCUCAUUAAAGCUAAGAUGACGACCGAAAAUAAAGUAAAACAAACAUUUAAUUCAGUUGUGUAUAAUCUCUUUUUUUUUCAUUCACUGAAAAGUAAAGAAAAUAGCCAAAUAAACAACUCUGUUUACAACAUAAUGAUGAUGCCCAAGUGUAAAUGUGAACACCAAUUUGUUAGUAUUAUUAUUUUUAUUUUUUUAAAGGCAAGACAUUUCCAGUAGGAAUAUUCGUUUAUGCCAUGAUCAAUUUUUGAGAAUGACAAAGGUGAAAUCUGGUGACACUUUCAUCAGAGUAAUGAGUUCAUUAUGUGUGGGUAGUCUGUGACAUUUCUGAAACAAGAAAACAUGCAUUGUACUAGAAAAUACAUGAUUAGAUUGAUAGUAUGGGACAGUAAUGUUUUAUAGUUUCAUCACAUUCUACAAAGCUUAACCAGCCUGAUUAAAAAUAAUAAAAUACUGUGAUGAAAAUACUUAAAAUGUGACUAUUUCAUUUGACUCUAAACAUCAUACUGCAUCUACAAUAUGUACUUAAUGUUUACUUUAGACUGAAGACAGCCAUGUACUUUGGUUUAAUUUAUACCUCUGUGAAUAAUUCAUCAAAUCUGGUUUGUUUGUUUUUUGGAAAGAGGUGAUAUGGAGAAUGGUGUAAUUUUACAUUUAUUCUGUGAGCAAUGCUGCUGGUUGUUACAGUAUUAAUCUAAUAGGCAUAAAUAUCUAAUGUACACUGAA